CUUCAAUUCCCCCACUCCCUUCCCCUUCGUCUCCCCUCUUCCCCCUUUCUCCCUCUCCCCUUCUCUCUCUCUCUACUUUCUCUAUCUAGACGCUAAUCACAGAGGCAGCGUCCAAAAUUGCCAGUAGAAACCCUGGUGGAAGGAGUAGGAGUUCGAUUGCAGCGGGGGAGAGAGAGAGGGAGAGAGAGUGAUGUUGCUGGGGAAGAGGCAGCGCCCUCCGACGAUGAAGAGGACCACCAGCCUGUCGGAGAUCACCUUCGAUCUCAACGCCACCGGCGACGCCCAGCCUUCAGACCCCCGCCGGCCCGUCUGGCCGGGUCGCGCUUCGGGCGCCCCCGAUGGGUGGGAUCAGCAGCUCCUAGCUGCGGCCCCGCCGAGGGUCGACCGGCGGCACUCUGCCGAUUUCCGUGAGACCCCCAAUUUCCUCCGGUGCUGCUCCCUCUGCAAGCGCCGCCUCAUCCCCGGCCGCGACAUCUACAUGUAUAAGGGCGACAGUGCAUUUUGCAGCCUAGAGUGCCGGCAGCAGCAGAUGAACCAAGACGAGAGGAAGGACAAGAAGUGCUCUGUUGCGGCCUCGAAGAAACUGGACGCCGUGGCCUCUUCCUCUACUGCUCCCGGAGCCAAGGUCGCCGCUAAGGGGGAGACAGUCGCCACGGUGUGAUCCCCGACCAGCUAUUGCGGCCCAUCCAUAUAAUCUUGCUGACCCGCCACAGAAAGUUAUUGGUACACUCCCGGAGAAGACAAUUAAUUGUUGAAAGAUUAUGUAUUUAUAAGAACCUGGCGAGUGGAGGAUCCGGAGAUUGAGAUCUUAUGUCUUGUGGGCAAGUUUUGGAACGAUUAUUGAAUUUUUUGUGUAAUCUAAUCCAAACUUAUACCCUUUUUGUCUCUC